AUGUAUACAAACAGUUCGCUCCAAAAUGAUAAAAGAGAUAUGUGUGGAUGCAAAAGCAACAAACAUCUUUCUUUUGAUAAGAAUUCUAAACAAAAUUCGCUCGAGUCUUCUCUACCGAUACAAUUGGAUCAUGUUGAUCAGUAUUAUUAUGAAUUAAUGAAAUUGUAUUCAACAUCAAAAAAUUGUGGUGAAAACUCUAAAACCUCUGAUUUUUGUCGCCAGAAACCACUUACUACUACAUUUAUAAGUAGUUCAAAUUAUUCAGCAGAAUUUCAAAAUUCAAAUCUACUCUGUUGUCUCUGUUGCAGUGAACAUGAUAUUGGUAAUCAUGAUAAAAAUAUUGUUGAUUAUUUAAGCAGUUGUUGUCAUUCACAGAAAUUACAACGUAUUAUACAUCAUCUAAUACUAAUUUUAUUAGGUAUUUCAAUAGUUUUGUCUAUAAUACUCUCUUUACUAGGUAUUUUUUUAAAUUAUCGAGCUUGUUUAACAGCUGGUUGUAUUCUAGGCAUAGCGAGUUUCGGUGCGUUAUUACAUAGUUGUUUAAGGCAUCGUGCAUUGCCGAAUUCAUCAAUGCCAAUUAUAUUAGGCCAAUCAUAUAUGCAUCCUAUAGUGAAUAAUAUGCCAUUAUCAAUGAAUAAACUUUAUAGAAAACAUCAACAAUUUCCUCAGAGAUAUCGACAAUUGUUAAAUUACGAUUAUUCAAAGAAAGAUUUAAUCAAACAUUCAUAUUUUGCACCCAGAGAUGGUUAUUAUACUGACAACCAGGAUUAUAAUAAUUUUAAGAAUAAUCAUGGUAAAAAUAUUCCAAUAAUAAGUAAAAGAAAUCUAGAUAAAUUAUGCCAUACUUAUCAAUUACAAACUACCACUGAUGUGGAGUAUAAUCAUUCAGGUAACAAAAGAAAUGUAGAAUGUUCAAGUGAUUCAUCAUCACUACCAUCAAUAACGUUGUCAGUAACAACUGUGUCAGGAGACGUAGUGGCGACGACAUCAGUAGCAAUAACAACACCAACAACAACAAAAAACACAGUAACCUCGUCACAAAAACGCUAUGAUGAUAAUGAUAGCAAUGAACAAAACAAAUAUCUACACAAGAAUCCAUCGAAGUGUGAUGAUAACAAAUCACCAACUUUUAUCGAAUGUGAAAUUUGUCGACCCAAUUCAUCACAUCCCACGGAUUACGAGUAUCAAAGAAAUCAUAUGGCUUAUGCUCAUUCAAACAAUUUAGUCAGUGAAUCAAUGAACUAUGUACCAAGAUCCUCUUCACUAUGUUCUUCAAUUAAAGCUUCUAAUGUACAACGAUCACAGUUCACGUAUUCUGAUUCAUGUGAUUUAAGUUUAUCAUCAGAAAUGAAAGCAGAAUCACAAGAUCAAAUCAAACAUAUGAGUCCCAUUCAACAAAACACAUUUACUCAUAUACAACCAAAUUCUUUAAAUUCAUGUGACAUUGAAGCUGAUAAACAGUUUCAUCCAUAUUAUUCUGGAAAUCCAUUAUUUGAUAGCAAAUCAAAUCUUUUCAGUCGUAAUGAACAGCAAAAACAUUUAAACUCUUUUAUGAUUUAUCCGAAGUCUAAAUCAAGAAAUAAAAUAAUUUUAAGAAAUUAUUUAAAUUUAUUGGAUGGAUUAUAUCGUCAUGCAAAUCAUUCACAGGGACCAAACUAUUCCAGUGAUCGUUUUAAUGAAGAAUACAACAAUGAUAUAUUUGAUCUACGUGUAUGGCUAAGUUAGAAUAAUUGGAUAGAUAAAUAAUGGAACUACUUUCUUAGCAUCAUUAUACGUGUAUCCAUCAAUGUAAUGUAAUGACGAACUAGUUAAAAGAUAUGUAGUGAAUUGAACUUAGUUGAAGAAUUAUUAGAAGCUGGACCAGAGAUACUAGGUGAUUGUUGUCUUGCAUACGUAGUAUCUCAUCAGUGUAUGCAUACAUUUGUCUAACUUGGUAUGCAUCUCUAUAUUGUUUAAGCUCACAUUACCACUGAAUCGUUGGUCUGUAUUACUUGAGAGACGUUCGUUAUGAUCCAACGGUCGUUUGAAGUAAUCCAGUAUACCAAUCUGUGUUUAGCUUUCUAGUUCACAAUCAACUUCCUAGAAUAGUUGAUUGAAGAAUAAAAAUUAUUCGUAAUAUAUCUUCAAAGAUCAUCUGAUUUUACUAAUUACAAACUUUAUUCCAACUACAACAGCAUAACUUUCAGGAUUGCUAUUUAGACCAUGGUGUCUAUUUUAACAAAACUUUUCCUAUCAAUUUUCAUUUCUACUGAAAUAUAAUCCGAACCUAUUUUUUUU